CAGUUGUUUCUAGUGCCUGUUUUUAGCUAAAAUAACGGGGGUUAAUUAUUAAACCUUUUACUUGGUCGCUCACUUGUUCUCCUGAUGCUUUAAUCCUGGGUCACAGAAAGUUUAAGAGUGCUUUACAGGGGAGACUCGACUUCUUUUUGCCUCAACCUUUCCAUGCUGACGGGAUGUUACGGGCUUUGCUGCUUACACUCUCUGUAGUUGCCAUUGCUCAUGCUGAGCUCUGCAAGCCAGAUGCACAAAAUGCUUUCAAAGUGCGGAUUAGCAUCAAAAGAGCUUUGGGAGAUAAUGCAUAUGCCUGGGAUGCCAAUGAAGAGUACCUCUUCAAAGCAAUGGUGGCUUUUGCAAUGAGAAGAUAUUCCAGCAAGAGCACAACUCAAAUUUCCAAUGUGCUGCUCUGCAAUGUGACAGACCGUGUGUCAUUUUGGUUUGUGGUCACAGAUUCUUCCAAAAAUGUGACAACUGUUCCUGGAAGUGUGGUAGAGGCAGCCAUCAGGAUGAACCGGAACAGAAUCAACAGUGCCUUUCUACUGAGUGACAAAACACUGCAGUUCCUGAAGAUAACCUCAACCUUAUCACCUCCUGUUGAACCCUCUACGCCUGUCUGGCUUAUUGUAUUUGGUGUUGUUCUUUGUCUCAUUGUGGCUGGGAUUGUUUUCCUCGUUGUUUCAGGGAUUCAGAAACGCAAGAAAAAGAAUAAAGAGUCAACAGAGAGAGAAAAUUUAGAAGAGAAGGUUGAAGUGACAGUAACAUUAGAAAAUGGGCUGCCUUGUGAAGUGCUGGAUUUAAAACCAGGCCACAUUAAUGGUGUCUUUGCAGCAGAUGAUGAACGGUUCACAUCCUUAUGAAAUGCUGCCAUUGCUAUCUGGUCAUUUUCCAAGAGACUCCUGUGCCUACCUUAUCUCGACACUACUCCUGAAUGUCAAAUGUGAAGACAAGAAAAACAUCCUUUCAUUUAAUUUCCCUGGAGAGAACCUUUUGCUGAUAACACACUUGAACCUCCAUUACAAAGCUUUUGUUCAUGAACAACGCAAAUGAGAAGGCCUCAGAUAAUAUCCAGAAAAGAUUUCCAGAAGAUGUGUGACAGAACAGGGCUGAAACCUGCCAUGUGUCAGGCAUUUAAUAUUUAAUGAUUAUUUAAAUAUGUCCGUUGCUUUUUGUCCCUGAUGUAAAUGUGAAACUGCAUUAUUCCUGAAUGUCACUGGGGAGAUCAUCUAUCAUUGUCAAUUCUUGAUGGGUUUUCUUUCAAGCCAUACGCAAAAGUUUCUCUGUAAAGUGACUUCUGUUUUGUGAUAUGUAGUAUGCCUUUGGAUGGAACAAUGAUCAGUGCAUGAAAGUUUUCAUUUAUUGAGAAACAAAAAUGUGAGCUUUCACAGCCUCUGUGAGACCAAGUCAAAAAGCAUGUGGGACAUCUGUAGCUUUGAGGAUAGCAAACAUCUGGUACUAGAAGUGUUUUUCACUUAACGAAGUCAUAGAAUAGAUAACCUGGAAAUUAAAGCUUCCAAACUCUAAAAUUUGUAGAAAAUAAAAGUUGCAACAAAGGGCAGAUUUUCCAAAGGUGCAGUCUGUGUUUAGCAGCCCAGCUCUCAUUAAAUCAGAGGAUCAAAGAAUGGCCUGGGUUGGUAGGGACCUUAAAGGUCAUCUAGUCCCAAACCCCCUGCCAUGGACAGGGACACCUUCCACUAGACCAGGUUGCUCAGACCUCUGUUCAGUCUGGCCUUGAAUGCUUUCAGAGGUAGGACAAUCACAACCUCUCUGCAAACCUGUUCCAGUACCUCACCACCUUCACGGUAAAGAUUUUUUCCUAAUAUCUAAUAUAAAUCUCCUCUCAGUUUCUCUCUCUUGUCCUGUCACUAUCUGCCCUUGUAGACAGUCUUUCACAACUCUUUGAAAAAAACCUUCCUUACAUUUUUUAGUAAUAAAACGAGAGUAGAUUUCCAAGGCAUGGCCAGCAUGGGGUCAGAUGAACGCUCAUGUGACCGCUGGAUAGGUUUAGUAAGGAUUCAGUACGUAAAACACCAGCUCCUGGUUUUGGUGCACCAAACCCAGAUGAGAACAUGUAAGUGAUGGUGAGUCAGCAGAGACCGUUCAGACCUGUGUUUCCUAUUUGGCUGGGAGUAGAGGACAUCAAGUAGUGCCAGACCCUACACUGCAUUAGUGGAUUGCUUUGAAGUCAGCUGUGCAUACAAACAGUGCUAUCUGUGCCCUAAUCCCAUUCCCAUCUAAAUUGGUGACAAAAUUUGGCCUGUUUUCAGAAGAACUGUGCCUCAGAAGAGGGGAGUUGUGUAUGUGGGUAACCGUACACAGAGAAUGGAAGUGUGUUGAAGCAAAACACAGUAUCUGCAGUUACCAAACAGCUGCCCACAUCACUGAAGGCAGAAUUUGAUCAUUAAGCAUCCUUUUUCCAUGUCAUGUUUAGAGUCAAUAUUAGAAAACUCAUUUACUUUUUAGGAUUAUUCCAUUAGAUUCCUCACCAACGGGAACAGGCUUAAACAGAAUAAAAGUUGCUGAAGGACCAUCCUGAAUGACAUCCUGAAGGGUACUGGGUUGUUUCCCACUGUACAAUCCUUCAGCAUUUUGUCUGUAUUGAGCACCUUUGGCUAUUCACUUGACUCAGCACUGACUCUUGGGAACACUGUGAGCAGAAGGGGAGGAAUGGGAAGGAGAAGGGAAAGCAUCGGGGUAAAGGGAGAAAGCUGAGCAGGGGAAACUUGAGGCUAGGGGAGUCAGGGAAAAGGAAAGCUAAAUGCAAAAUAAAACUAUGGAACCCACUUAUCACUUGCCUCACAUAGUCUCAUCUGUCACAUUUAUCUUUGAUGUCCUGCUGGUGGGUCCCUCUGGACAAGGACUGCAUCUUCUCUGGGUCUCAGAGGGUGUGCUACUCCAUUCUGGAAAAGGAUUAAUAAAGUCAGUUAUGAGUGAUAAUAUCUCAGUGCUUCAAAAUUACCAUCCACAACAUGUAGAUGUAUUUCUCACAGGAAUGUCAAAGAUGAAGCUUGCCAGUGUUGGAGGGAAGAUAUGGAAUACAGUGUUGUUAUUGCUUCCUCAGUCGUUGCUCCAAGGUCUCUCACUCAGGCAGUUUUAUUGAGGUAAUUCAAAUCCCAUAAUUUCUAAACCUUCACACUUUUCACAUUCUUUCUAUGACAGAUAGCCACAUCUCAGUGCAACCACAAUGGGUUGUGGUAACUGCAGCAUCUCUGCAAGAACCUGUGAAAGAUUUUGGUGAGAACAGCUUAGCAGUGUAAGAGUAACCUCGAGCUACCCAGUAAGAUUUAGUGUUAUCCUGUGUUGUACUAUAUGAUACUCGAAAUAAAAUUCACUUGAGAUGAAAAAGGGCCAAGCUUAUCUGAGCAUACUUCUCAAGGCCUGAAUGAAGAUUCUGUUCAGCCCAUGGCACUGGUUAGCAACUCGAAA